GUUUAAAGAUGGAGUACCCCAUCUUCGCCUGCGCAAAACGGCCUGCUUCCGUCAUCAGCCUCGAGUAUUGCUCACGCAACCUCAAUUCAAUUCAAGGGAAACCAUGCCGGAUCAGACCAGUGCCCAGGAGUACGACGUGCGCAUCGAGCUCAUCGACAAUGAAGAUGACAUUAUAACCAGCUUCGACUGCGCCUGCGAAGCCUUUGGCCACCAAAUCAAUGACGGGAUUUGGUCCGCCAUCUACCCCGGCUGGGACACGCCCGAGGGCAGAGCCUGCGGCGCCGCCCGUCGGGUGAAGACCUGGCGCGGCAUCACAACCAACAAUCAAGGCCAGCUCAAUGCACUUUUCCUCAAGGCCACUGUGCCUGAUCCCCAACAACCCGGCGGUGAGGGCAGGGUCAUCGCGGGGUUGGCCAACUGGGGGCAAUAUUCUGUGGUAGACGGCUAUGGCGAUGCGCCCAGUGAUGAUCUGGGCAAGGGCACUGAUCUUGAGACGCUGUAUCCUGGGAACGAACGGGAGCAACGGUAUGCAUACCAGGUGUAUCGUUCAUUGAUGAAGCAGCGCAUGGAGGUGGUUAAGGAGAAGGCCACGGCGGACCCACCGGCUAUCUUCGCGCUGGAUUUGUGUGCUGUCGAUCCUGCGUUCCAGCGCAGAGGUAUUGCUGGGAAAUUGGUGCAGUGGGGUUUAGAUGAGGCCAAGAGGAGGGGGUUGGAGGCGACGACCGAGGCGUCGGUCAUGGGGAGGCAUGUUUAUGCGCGUCUUGGGUUUAAGCCGCAGUUGCCGGAAAUUCAAUAUGAGGUUGAUGAGGAGUUCUUGGAGAGGGAAAGGCCGUCUAAUUUGUUCAUGCGUACCGGUGACAACUAGGCAAGAAGGUAGUCUCGAUACGUAUGGUUCGUGCUAAGGUGUUGAGGGGUUGGGGGCUGUCUAGAAUAAUAGCUCUUCUAGCAUAUUGCAUACACAACCAAAUUUGUUCUUGCGGCUUGAUCUGGAGCAUGUAUACG